AGGUCCAAGAGCCACAAGCGCACCAAACCAAACAAACUCAACCUGAAAGAAUGUGAAUUAAAGUUAUUAGUUUUCAAACUCUAGAUUUGUUGGUCAAAAAAUGUUGUGUCAGAAACUUAGAACGACAAUCAAAUUAAAAAACAUCGUGGGAUGUCUCAGUGAAAUUAAUCAACAUGCACCUAGGAGACAGUCCAAGAAUGUGGGCGAGCACUCUCAGCCCAGUCAAGUCAGGCUUCAAUCUCUGGUCAGUGGGUUCUGCACGGAGAAACUUCCGAGAAGUGCAAAUAUUUUUGGUGAUAUUUCCGGCAGGAAGUUCGAGCACUUUGAAAUGGACGAACAGGAGGAAGAAGAGGAGAAAUUUCAAGAUAGCGAAGGAACUGUUCCUCGUCGACUGAAACCUAGUCCAGGCCAAUACGCUAAGAUGAUCAAAUCACACAUAUCCAAGAAGGAUCCGAACUCGGCUCUGAAAGUGUUUGAUUUGAUGAAGGAAAAUCGUGACAAACCCACUAUGUACAUGUACAAUCUUAUAUUGCGCGCUUUUGCCAUGCAGGGUGACAUAAAGAAGUGCUACAAGCUGUUUGUCACAGCGAAAAAGCAUCAAUUGCAACCGAACUCGCCAACUUUUGUCAGUUUGUUGAACGCUUGCGCUUUUUGCGAAGACAGCGAGGUAGCUCUCGAAUAUUUGAACAAGUUGCGACAGUUGCUCUACGAACAACAGUUUCCGCUUAACCAAACGCAUUACAACGUGAUGAUAAAGGCGUACAGUUGGCACAAUCAGAUUUUGGAAGCGUUUCAAUUGGCGGACGAGAUGAGGGACAAACGUAUUCCGAUCGAAGAGAUCACGUACAAUUCCUUGUUUCACGCCGCGAUUUCCGACAAAAAAGCCGGUCUGCGUCACGCUCUAAUUGUGUGGCAUUUGAUGCGUCUGAAAAAUGUUAAACCGAGCGUGAGAACUUACAAUCUUCUUCUUAGAUCAAUGAGAGACACUAAUUUUGGAGAUUUGAGACUUGACGACGUACUCGUCACGGGAGCCGAUCAAACGAAAAUCUUGCUCAAGGACGGAGAAAGACCGGAUUUACUGGCAUCUCCACCUUUUUUGAGCACGUUGUUGCCAAUGCCGAAAACAAAGGAAAACAGUUUGAAGCGUAACGAUCAGAGCACGAAGGAAGAAGAAUCAUCGUUAAGCUUGAACGACAUACCGGUUAACAAUCGGUUGAUCCUCUUCGGUGGUUUGGAUGGAUUUUUGGCUCGAAUGAAUAAGGACGGCGUCGCGCCUGACGCCAAAACUGUUACGCUGCUUCUCGAUUUGAUUCCCGCUUCAACGGCCGCGGAAAAUUUGCUCGUUAAAACCGCGAACGAUAAAGGUAUUGAACUGGACAUUGACUUUUGUAAUAUGCUCAUCAAAAGACGCAGCAUGCGUCACGAUUACAAAGCCGCAAAAGAGGUGAUAAGUAUGGCAGAACAGAAAAACCUAACGCCAAAUGUGAUGACGUUUGGGGUCUUGGCACUUGGUUGUCAAAAAUAUCACGAGGCCAAAGAGUUUCUUGAAGGAUUGGAAGCUUUCGGUUACAAACCCAAUUCUGUAAUCGUGGGCACGCUCAUUAACACGGCUUGUCACAAAAGAGAUUUCGAAUACUUGUUGUUUGUAAUGAAUUACAUGAUGGAGAACAAAAUAAAACCGAACGAACAAGCGAUCAAAGACCUGAAAGAAUUUUCGAGAGAAAUACCAAGAAUGGAAGUGACCAAGAAUAAACACAAGCACAAGAAGAAAAAACGUUUGGAAGAGAAUGCGAAGAAAUUUGAAGAAGAUUAUCUUAAAUGGCAAAAGAUGAGAGAACAAAAGUCGUUUGUAAAAUAAAAUAUUGCUCUUGGAAAUUUUUCAAGAUAAUUCGACUUGUUAUUAACUCUAUUGAUAUGUUUCUAAAUAUGUACAUAUAUAUUAAACGAAAAGA